AUGGAGACGGAACGUGGCACAGCGGCCGUAUUGGUCCCAACUCUUUUCCCAGAGCGUAAACCGAUGACGCCAGCACAGAUCGCAGCAGGCAUACAGGCAGCGCUGAUAGUGCAGCGCCGCGCGGUGACCUUCGGCAAGCGACCUUUCGCCGCAGCACUGGUAGGACCGGACAAUGACACGGUGCUACUGACGCACCAGUCCGUGGACCAGGUCAACCAUGCCGAAAGCGAGCUGGCCAGACUGGCAUACAAGCAUUAUACUAAAGAGUUCUUGUGGCAAUGCACUCUCUUCAGCACGUGGGAACCGUGCGGAAUGUGUACGGCUACCGCCUACUGGGCACAUAUCGGCCGCAUCGUCUUCGCGGCUAGCAACGACCAGUUAUACGAAUUGACCGGUCCGGGCAAUAAGGAGAAUUUCACUAUGGACUGGCACACUAGGGACGUCUUAAAGGGGUGUCCGCAGAAGGAUAUCGAGGUUAUUGGACCAUUGGAGAACGAAGGCAAGGCGGUUAUGGAGGAGAGUGAUAUAUAUUGGAGUAGGACAAGGUCAAAUAGUGGCUGA